UCAAUAAGAGAGUAAAAAAAAAAAAAAUCAAAAUUAAACCGACUCAAAAAAACGUGGCCUCCAAGCUUAAACACACUCACAAAUCCCUAUAAAAAUUCCCAUUCACUCCAAACUCUCACACCUCAUCAAAAAAAUGGCCCCAUCAUUUCUCACCGGCCCACCACUCCGCCAAACUCCCCCACCCUCCUCCACCGCAACCACCGCCGCAGAUGGCGGCUCCGGCGACCCAUUCGUCGAUGCAAUGGUGGCAAACUUCAACAACAUAAAUCAACCACCACAACAUCCGCCAUUAAUGGGGUUUACCGAGAACUUCUCCGCCACCUUCCUCAGUUCCGGCAACCCAUGUCUUGACCUAUUCUUCCAUGUGGUCCCCGGCACACCGGCCGAUUCGUUGACUCAACGGCUCGAUCUUGCUUGGGCCCACAACCCGUUGACCACCCUUAAACUUAUCUGUAAUCUUCGUGGUGUUCGAGGUACUGGAAAAUCUGACAAAAAUGGGUUUUACACUGCUGCGUUUUGGCUCCAUAAAAAUCAUCCCAAAACUCUUGCGUGUAAUCUCCCUAGUUUUGCUGAUUUUGGGUAUUUCAAGGAUUUUCCUGAGAUUUUGUUUCGGGUUCUGGGUUUGACUCAUGUGCCCAAGAUGAAGAAACGGGUUAAAAAUGACCCGUUUGAGAAUCGCCGGAGGUUUAAGAAUCCGGGGAAGAAGGGUGAUAAGAAGAUGAAGAAGAUGGUGAAAUCUCUGAGUUCGAUGAGUUCGAAGGAGAAGCAGGAGAGAGAAAAGCAGGUUGCCGGUGAACUUCGCCUUAAGAAGAAGUCAGAAAUGGCGAAAACUGCGAUUGAACGGUAUACCCGUGACCCGGAUUACCGGUUUCUUCAUGAUCGAGUUUCGGAUCUUUUUUCGGGUUGUUUGAUUUCUGAUUUGGAGAUGUUUAAUAGUGGAAAGCUUGAUAAGAUUAGCCUCGCGGCUAAGUGGUGUCCGUCCUUAGACUCGUCUUUCGACCGCGCUACCUUGAUCGUUGAAGCCAUUGCUAAGAAGGUGUUCCCAAGGGAGAAGUAUAAGGAGUAUGAGGGUGUGGAGGAGGCGCAUUACGCUUACCGGGUUCGAGACCGGCUUCGGAAGGACGUGUUAGUGCCACUGCGCCGUGCAUUGGAGCUUCCGGAGGUGUUUAUGGCGGCGAGGAAGUGGAAUGAGUUGCCUUACAAUAGGGUUGCUUCGGUUGCAAUGAAGACUUAUAAAGAGCAUUUUCUUAAACAUGAUGAGGAAAGGUUUAAGGAUUAUUUGGAGAAGGUUAAGUCUGGUAAGGCGAAGAUUGCUGCUGGUGCAUUGCUUCCUCAUGAGAUAGUUUCGGCAUUGGAGGACGGAGAUGGCGGUGAGGUUGCGGAGCUUCAAUGGAAGAGAAUGGUAGAGGAUUUGUCUAAGGAAGGGAAAUUGAGUAAUUGUCUUGCUGUUUGUGACGUUUCGGGUUCGAUGCACGGGACUCCGAUGGAGGUCUGUGUUGCUCUUGGGCUGCUGUUAUCUGAGUUGUCUGAGGAGCCGUGGAAAGGGAAGGUGAUCACGUUUAGUGCAAACCCUCAACUUCAUGUGAUUCAAGGGAGUGACCUGAAAUCGAAGAUUGAGUUUAUUGAAAAGAUGGAUUGGGGGAUGAAUACUAAUUUUCAGAAGGUGUUUGAUUUGAUCCUGAGUGUUGCAGUGCAGGGUAAACUUCCUGAGGAUAAGAUGAUUAAAAGGGUGUUUGUGUUUAGUGAUAUGGAGUUUGAUCAAGCAUCAAGUCACCCGUGGGAGACUGACUAUAUGGUGAUUAAGAGGAAGUAUGAGCAGAAUGGGUAUGGUAAUGCUGUGCCGGAGAUUGUGUUCUGGAAUCUUCGAGACUCGAGGUCGACACCAGUGGCAAAGAACCAGCUAGGGGUAGCGUUGGUGAGUGGGUUUUCGAAGAAUAUGAUGAAGUUGUUCUUGGAUGGAAAGGAGGAUCAGCUUAGCCCUGAGGCUGUUAUGGAGGCUGCUAUCUCUGGGGAAGAGUAUAAUAAGCUUGUUGUUUUGGACUGAUAAUCAAGUUUUAUGGAAGUAAUUUUGUUAUAGCAUAAGUAAUAUAUAGCAGUAUUAACCUGUAAAUUUUGGUACAGUUUUCAAUGAAAUAUGGUUAAUACAGAAUAACUGUAGUACAUUUUACCAAGCGAGGUGCUAUAAUUUGUCAAUAGAGUAAUGCUAUUUGGAUACUGUAAGUCUCUGCUUUGCAUCUUUAAUUCAGCCUGCUGAUUAAAUUGGUGCUAGCUGAUGACACUUACAGGAUUCAUGCUCUUAAUAGCUUCUGCACUGCUUGGAUAUGUGAUUGUUUAGUGUAUAAAUUCUUUGCU